AUGUUGGGAAGAACAGGAAGCUUUGGUGGACGCUGCAGGUUUGAACUCCAGCAGUGCCGCUCCCUGUCCUCCCCUCCCCCUCCCCCUCUGCCUCAGCUGCCUGGACUCCAUUUCCCUUCAGGCAGCAGGAGGUACAGGGCGGGGCAGGAGGCGGGGCAGGGGGCGGGGCAAAUGAGUUCAGCUCAGACCGACCGGAUCUUAAAGGCCAACGAAUACAGCCACACCCUUCCCAGAGGCCCCGCCUCCCAUGGUGUCCUGGGUUUCCAUAGCAACACACUGCCAUCCAACCACCCAGGAGAGGAUCGUCGGAGCAGCGCCACCUGCCUGCCGGGCCGCGGCGGCAUCCUGUUCGGAGUGUUCGACGGUCACGCCGGGCCAGCCUGCGCCCACACUGUCAGCCAGAGGCUCUUCUACUACAUCGUGGUGGCGACGCUACCGCUGAGGACGCUGGCAGAGCUGGACCGGGCUGUGGAGGAGGAGCGGGCGGUACCGCCAUUGCUCGAGUGGCACAAACACCCUCAAGACCACAGCUGGACUGACGGAGGUGCGAGCUCCUUCCACAGUCUGAGAAACUACUGGCAGGAGAGACUGGAGGUCGAAGACGAGGACGAAGAUGAGGAGGACAACAGCAGAGUGACAUCAGCGCUGGUCAACGCUUUCCGUCGCCUUGACUACGACCUGUCUGUGGAGGCUCAGGUCCACCUGUCCAUGUCAUCGCCCAGACGGGUGUCUGUUCCUGGGGAAGGCCUGCCUCUGUCCUCCCCCCUCCGGGUGGCGCUGUCUGGUAGCACGGCCUGCGUUGUCCAUGUUUCCAACGGCAUCCUACACGUAGCCAACCUGGGUGACAGCCGGGCCGUCCUGGGCGUCCAGGAGCCGGACGGCCGCUGGUCAGCGAUCAGCCUAACCAACGACCACAAUGCACAGAACCCCGACGAGCUCCAGAGGGUUCUGGAGGAACACCCGCCGUCGGAGCGGAGGACGGUGGUCCGCCACGACCGCCUGCUGGGUCUGCUGCUGCCCUUCAGGGCGUUCGGUGACGUGCGCUUCAAAUGGAGCGCAGAGAUGCUGAGUCGAGUCUACGAGACUCGACCAGAUCUCAUGUCUGCGGUCAACGAGGCAGUCCGGACGCUGCCGCCGCACUACCUGACCCCGCCCUACCUGAGCGCCCAGCCGGAGGUUACGAGGCACCAAAUCACACCUGCAGACAAGUUCCUGGUGCUGGCGACGGACGGACUGUGGGAGCUGAUGCACCGACAGACGGUGGUUCAGCUGGUUGGGGAGCAGCUGGCAGGCCUUCAGCAGCAGAGACCCAUAGUUCCUGGCAUGGGCAUGACGCUGGGUGGCCUGCAGCGCCUCCUGUGGGAGCGGAGAGGCCGUGUCCUGUCGGUGCUGGAGGACCAGAACGCCGCCACCCACCUGCUCCGCCAUGCGCUGGGCGACGACGGCUACAGAGCUGUGGCCCCAAACCGCCUGGCCAAGAUGUUGAGUCUUCCAGCAGACCUGGCCCGCAGGUACCGUGAUGACAUCACCAUCACUGUCGUCCACCUGAACGAGCUUUAACACCUGAAGAAGCGUACCUGCUCAGCCGCCAGGCAGGUGACCAAUCAGCAGUAGGCGUGCUCACUCCAUCCUUCCUCUGUCUGAAUAAACACAACUCCUUCUUUUCCUAAACAUGAGGUGUUUCUGGUAUUUUGUCCACACCGUCUGACUACCGUUCCUCAUAAACUGGACACAC